GAAGAUCAAUUGAUCUUACCUACCGAAGAGUCUCGCUCACGUGCCUAUGCAAUUGCCCAAUCUCCUAAGACUGUUCAGAUGGGUUCAUUGGGAAUGUUUCCUGCUGGUACUGACACUGCCUGGAAGCCAGGAGAGCUUGAAUUCGAGGCUAUGAUGCGCAGACUAGAUGCAGCUGGUUACCGAACAGGGUACUUCUACCGAUUAACCCAGUUGCGACAUGCUAUCGCCGGUGGCACAUCUACAAUGACUCCCCGUGAAGCUGCCGCUCAUACACGUCGGUCAGCAAGUCUAGGCCGCGGUAUCCGUGCUCCUCGUGAUGAUGUUGAAAUACCUCCUGCAGCUUCAUCAUUUGCCACUUCUUUCUAUGAAGAUGAAGAAACUAGGGCAGCAGCAGCAAUUUCUGCAAAAGCGAAAACACUGUCCUUACAGCGCACACAUUGGUGCAACACUCCAAAUCAAUACACCAAGAAGGGCAUGACAUCACCUGGCAUGCUUUCUCCCGCGUAUGGGGGAGUAUCAUUUACCCAAUGGGAGCCGCUGGGUGGCAGUCCUAUAGGCGCUUCUCAGCCACCAGAAUUGUUCAAGAGGAAAUCGGACAGUCUCCGAAUUAUGGGUAAAGAACGAGCCACUCUUACAACGCUAGGCGGAGGCACAAGUGCUGGUAUCGCUCUUCCGAUUCUUGAUCGCAAUCAAUUUGCUCCUCAAGGGGAGAAUCCCAGAGAACUUAAAGAGCAGCAGAAAAGAGUAAAUAAGCAAACAAAUAUAUGUGAUUUCAUACUUUUCAUUUUAUAUGAAGAUGCUAGUGCAAGGGGCUUGAUGAUUGGCCUCACCAGAAGCCGAGAAAUGCUUUCCUUGGGGUUAUAA